GGCGUGGUUUGAGUCGACACCUAACCUAAAUACACGCACAAUAAAAACAACCUAACUUUGAGUUUAGUACUGGUACCAAAACAUAACUACAUUUUUUAUAAUAAACGAGAACGCGCACGAGAGUGACAGCAGCGGAUCAAGCAUGUCUAUACACGUCAUAAGAGAUGGAUUUAUUAGCGGCAGUGGAUCGUGCGGUUUGAAGACUGAAACAGAUGACAGCACACCAGCAAUGAGAUCCAGAGGUCCCAGUCCUCUCAGUGACAGUAUGAUGUCUGAGGCAGGUGAUGAUGGUUUCAUACAUGAAGUGUCACAGGAUACACAGGAGGGGGAGAGUGCCAUUUCACCUUCGACCUAUGGAGCUGAUCUACAGAGGACUCUGGGAGAGAUUCUUGCAUACUGUCAGGUUACAUAUGGAGCCAUUCUGAAACUUGAUGAAAAGUUUGACAUGCUCGAGACUAAAGUAGCAAACAUUCAGAGCCUACAGCAGAAUCCAACACUUCUCUCACAGAAGACAUGUGUGUCAGACAGCUUCCAGAGCAGAACUGAAGGCUCCACACCACAACAAUUUCACAUUUCCUCUCCACUUCCAUCUGUGAUGAGCAGGAAAUCUCUGAUGCUGUCUCGCGGUCCUGAGGUCAAGACCCCUGAACGGCUUAACCAGAUUCAAUGCCAAAAUACUGAGAGUGCCACAAUUACCCAAAGUUCAACAAAAGGUCCAUCCGUUAACACGAACAUAACAAAGCAACAGCAGGGUCAACUUCAAACCAACACAGAGAGCAGUGACCCAGCUGAACACAUCUCUCCUGCAAAUACAUGUUAUGUGGGUAACUAUGAGAGGAAAGUUUUUCUGCCAAAGUGUGUCGUACAGCGAGCGGGAAAAAUGACGCGACCCAGCGCAGCUGCGCGACAUCUGUUACGACACCUCUUUACAGCUGAAGAACUUUCUCAAAGCAGCACUAACGGAAAUCCAACCAGACAUCUGAAGAGGCUCGACCCCAACAAGAUCGGCGCCAUCAGAGAAUGGGCUGUAAAGAGGUUCCCAAAAUUUGACCUUAGUGAGAAAGGCAAAGACUGGAAAAUGUGUCUGUCUGUAAUAAACUCGACGACACGCUACUUUCGCUUCAUGGCCAAGACACGGAAGCAAAAGAUGAAACCCGACGAAACAUUACCACAAGAGACGACAGCUUCAUCUGGACACACAGCAGAGAUUGAUGUUGAGCUGUCAGACAGUGACACUGAGCAGAUGAACAGGAUUAACUCGCUUCCAAAUUAUAACAGCGAUGCUUCCUGUUACAUCUUGGAUGGAAGUUCACCCAAACAAGUUCAUCUCGGGCCUCCUCAUCGAGAAGUAAAGGUUCCCGAGUUCGUCUUGUCUGCUGCACAUCUGCGUACGCGUCCUGAGCUCAUCGCUCGAUAUCUCAUUAAAUUCAUCUUUCCAGAGGACGUACUGGUAUGCAGUAACGUCUAUGGUGCGCGACGUGGCAUUCAACCCCUCGACCACAACAAAAUAUCUGCACUUCGAGAGUACUUGUCAGAGCGUUUUCCCUGGAUGAAGCUGGAGGAAGAUGGAAGUGACUGGAAGGUUUGUGUUGGAGCUAUAAACAGCACCAUCCGCAAGUUUCGUUAUGAGCACAAGAUGGGCAUAAGGAGAAAGAAACGCUGAGAUACUCGAACUUUUGGAUGGUUAUUUGUAAUGUGUAAACACUAUCACAGCGUGUUUUUCCUAGGAUGUGUGAAUAUUAUAUUAUUUAUAAUGUUAUUUAUUUUGGUUGUUAUCCAAGUCUUUACAAGUCUAUAUAUAUACAAUUGAAGUAUUUUUGCCAAGAAAGCCUGAGCAAGAAAAUUCACUUUUUAUUUGGUAACAGAAAUAUUACAAUUUUAUAGCAGAA